UCCCUCUGGCAUGAACUGGAUUAACAACUUGCAUUAUUCGGUAGAGAUUAACAACUUGCAUUAUUCGGUAGAGACGUACUGGGACUGAAAUAUUCUAAAACAGAGGUGAUAUAUCAUUCCACAUGAGAGGAAAUGUGUCUACCUCUUCCCUAUAGGGACUCUGCAUUUGUAUCUCUUGAACCCCUUUCUCUCGAUUUGUCUACAAUCUCUUUUCUAGUGAUUGUGCUUUUGGAGCAGAAAUCUGAUCAGCAAGCAAUCACUUUUCAAUGGCGUUGAGCACCCAAGUUAGAGCCUCCACUGGUUCAGCUUUCCCAUGGAAAUACGACGUGUUUUUGAGCUUUAGAGGCGAAGACACCCGAAAGGGCUUCACAGAUCACUUAUACAACAAGUUGCAGUGGCGAGGAAUCACGACUUUCAGGGAUGACCCAGAACUUGAAAAAGGCACUGCCAUCUCGUCGGAGCUCCUCUCAGCAAUAGAGCAAUCUAGGUUUGCGGUCGUUGUUCUUUCGCCAAACUAUGCUUCUUCCACGUGGUGCUUACUUGAACUGUCUAAGAUUUUUGAAUGCAUGGAAGAGAGGGGGACAAUUCUACCAAUCUUUUAUGAGGUGGAGCCGUCUCAUGUGAGACAUCAAAGAGGCAGCUUUGCUGAAGCGUUCGAUGAACAUGAAGAGAAGCUUGGAGAAGGUAAUAAGGAGGUGGAAGGGUGGAGAGAUGCUUUAACAAAAGUAGCCAAUCUCGCUGGGUGGACUUCAAAGAAUUAUAGGUAUGAAACAGAGCUUAUCAGAGAAAUUGUGCAAGCACUAUGGAGCAAAGUGCAUCCUAGUCUCACAGUAUUUGGUUCCUCAGAGAAGUUAGUUGGAAUGGAUACUAAGCUGGAGGAAAUAGACGUUCUUUUAGAUAAAGAAGCAAAUGAUGUUCGCUUUAUAGGGGUAUGGGGGAUGGGUGGGUUGGGUAAGACAACCCUUGCUAGACUAGUUUAUGAGCAGAUCUCUGAUCAAUUUGAAGUUUGCAUCUUUCUUGCUAAUGUUAGAGAGGUUUCUGCAACCCAUGGUCUAGUUUAUCUACAAAAGCAGAUUCUUUCCCAAAUCUUGAAGGAAGAAAAUGUACAAGUAUGGGAUGUUUAUAGUGGAAUCACUAUGACAAAGAGAUGUUUAUGUAAUAAAGUAGUUCUUCUAGUUCUUGACGAUGUGGAUCAGGUAGAGCAACUGGAAACCUUGGUGGGAGAAAAAGAUUGGUUUGGCUUGAGGAGUAGAAUCAUCAUUACAACUAGAAAUCGACAUAUCCUAGUCACACAUGGUAUAGAAAAACCGUAUGAGUUGAAGGGGUUAAACGAUGAUGAAGCUCUCCAGCUCUUUAGUUGGAAAGCCUUUAGGAAAUAUGAGCCUGAAGAAGAUUAUGCAGAACACUCUAAGAGUUUUGUUAUGUAUGCUGGAGGUCUUCCCUUAGCUCUUAAAACUUUGGGAUCUUUCUUGUAUAAAAGAAGUCCACAUGCAUGGAGUUCUACACUGCAAAAACUACAACAAAUUCCCAACACAACAGUUUUUGAAAUACUGAAAAUAAGUUAUGAUGGACUUGAUGAGAUGGAAAAAAGAGUUUUUCUGGAUAUUGCAUGUUUCCACAGGCUGUACUACAAUGAGUUUAUGAUUGAACAAGUAUAUAGUUCUGACUUUUGCAUUCGUAUUGCAAUAGAUGUUCUUGUUGAGAAAUCUCUCUUAACUAUUGUAGUAGAAAAAGACAUAGAUAUACAUGAAUUGAUAGAAGAAAUGGGACAUGAAAUUGUUCGAAGAGAGUGCUGUGAAGAGCCUGGUGGGCGCAGUCGCUUGUGGCUUCGCAAAGACAUUUUUCACGUGUUCAUGAAGAAUACGGGAACAGAAGUCAUCGAAGGCAUAUUCUUACACUUGGAAGAAUUAGAAGAGGCAGAUUGGAAUCUUGAAGCCUUCUCUAAAAUGUGUAAACUGAAGCUGCUCUACAUUCAUAAUUUGAGGCUUUCUCUUGGCCCCAAAUGUCUUCCUAAUGCCUUGAGAUUUCUGAAAUGGAGUUGGUAUCCUUCAAAAUCUCUCCCACCAGGUUUUCAACCGGAUGACCUUACUGAACUUAGCUUGGUUCAUAGCAAUAUUGAUCACCUCUGGAAUGGAAUAAAAUACUUGGGCAAGUUGAAAUCUAUCGAUCUUAGUUACUCCAUAAAGUUGACAAGGACCCCAGAUUUGACAGGUAUUCAAAACCUUGAGAAGUUAGUUUUUGAAGGUUGUACGAAUUUAGUUGAUAUUCAUCCAUCCAUCGCAUUUCUCAAUAGACUCAAAAUUUUGAACUUUAGAAAUUGCAAAAGUAUUAAGUGUUUCCCAAGUGAAGUAGAAAUGGAAUCACUUGAAACAUUUGAUGUAUCUGGCUGCUCUAUACUGAAAAUGAUUCCAGAAUUUGUGGGGCAAAUGAAAAGAAUAUCAAAGCUCUAUAUAAGUGGGACAGAUAUUGAGAAACUGCCUUCAUCAAUUGAGCGCUUCAGUGAGAGUUUGGUGGAGCUUGAUUUGAGUGGAAUUGUUACAAGAGGGCUGCCAUACUCCCUUUUUCUUAAGCAGAAUCUCAGAGUAUCAUCUUUUGGCUUAUUUCCAAGGAAGAGUCCUCACCCUUUGAUUCCUCUGUUGGCUUCUUUAAAGCAUUUGUCUUCUUUGACGUCAUUAAAUCUGAAUGGCUGUAAUCUCCGUGAAGGAGAAAUUCCCAAUGAUAUUGGUUCUAUGUCCUCCUUGGAGAAUUUGGAUCUCAGAGGAAACAAUUUUGUUAGCCUUCCUGCAAGCAUUCAUUUGCUUUCUAAGCUUCAAUAUAUUAACGUGGAGGAUUGCAAAAGGCUCCAACAAUUGCCAGACCUCCCAUCAAAUGACUAUUUAUCAGUAAGAACCGACAAUUGUACUUCGUUGCAACUGUUUCCACAUCCACAAGUGUACGGUCGACAAUUUAUGUAUGUUUGCAUAAAUUGCUUGAGCACGGUCGUGAAUCGAGAUUCUAGUUAUUUCUUAUAUUCAAUGCUAAAGCGGUUGCUUGAGGAAACCCCUUGUUCUUUUUACUAUUUCAGUUUUAUAAUUCCUGGAAGUGAAAUUUUUGAGUGGUUCAGUAAUCAAAGUUUGGGGGACUCGGUGACUGCUAAGUUACCUUCAUAUUCAUGUAACAGCAGCAAGUGGAUUGGGGUUGCUGUAUGUGCUCUAUUUGUACCUCAAGACAAUCCGUCUGCCGUUCCUGAAGACGAUGAGCUAGAUCCUAAUACCUGUCAAAUUUUCUGCACAUGGGAUGGAUACAGUUCUGGCUUAUCAGCUGUUGGUCACAGCGUAAAACAAAUUGUUGCAGAUCACCUUUACUUUGUUGUCUUACACAAGCGAUUCUUAGAACCUCAGUACUGUCUGGAGGACACGUGCUAUGAGGUUAAGUUUGUUUUCCAAACCGUUCGAGCUGUAGGAAACAACAGAUGCUUGCAGGUGAAGAAAUGUGGGGCCUAUGCACUGUACAAGCACCACACGGAAGAGCUGAUCAGUAAAAUGAAUCAAUCCAACAGCAGCAUUUCUCUUUACAUGGAAGAGACUAUGGAUUGUGAUUUAGACAAAUCAGCAUGUGAAGAAGGUGGAGCCAUCGUUAAGGGAACACCUGAGGCAGAAGCGAGCACAAGUGGUGGCUGUGAGGAUGAAUACUACUCUGCUGAAGAGUGAAGGAAUUUAGAAGACACUGUCUUGCUUUGAAACAUCCUGUGCCUUGAGGCAAAAAUGCAAAACUAAUACUGCUAUUCUUAGUAAGUAUUCAUUAACCGGAUCAAGUAAGUGACCAUCUCAUAUUAUGACUCAUAGUUGCAACUAGAUAUCUUAACAUGCUUCCUCUGUCUCUCAUGUGCUUUACAUCAUGACACAUUUCAUUUCAUGUGCUCUGCCAACUUGAUCAAUAACAUGAGUAAGAUGUUAUCAAAGUAGUACAGAUGAAUAAUUCAUAAGAUUCAGUAAUGAAAGGACAGUUUUUUAGAGUCAAUAAUACUAAUAGAUUUGAAGCAAUCUAGAAGCUUCACAAGUCCACCAUAC